AUGUUUGAAUCAACAAAUACCUCGAUGACAUCGUCUCUGCAAGUGCCAUCAUCAAACGCAAUGACAUCAAGUCCUCGACCAAGUAUUGGUGCAUUUAGAUGUUCCACGAAUUCAGAGACGACUACACACACAGAUUCCGCUUCAUCGACAGCGCAAAUAUCGUACGCGUACAGAAGACGUUAUGCUUCGUACCUGGCGGCAUCUUUCGGCAUAAGCUUCGAGGCAGCACUUGCAGACACCGACGCACAAUUGGCACCUCGACGACCUUCAUAUGUAUCAGAAUCUGAGGUCGAUCGCAGAGAAUGA